AUGAAAGUUUUUCGAUAUUUUGGUCCGCUUCUUUUGUUAUGUCUCACACGGGAAAUACUCCACGUAGCUUGUAAGACGAAGACGCAGAAGAGGUACGAUCAUGUAAAGCGGUUGAGAAAGGAUUCGGUUUCAUAUUCACAGAGAACAAAGGAUGUUUCAGAAAAUCAUUUCAAACGGAAAAAGAUUCCACAUGGUAAUAAUCAAGAAGGUCCCUUUUCUGAGGGCCCACAGAAGGGACAACGAAUAUUUAAGACGCACUUUACUAUUCAUAACAAACCCGAUUUACACAUAAUUGGCAAAGCUCGUUAUAAAUCAACAAAACCGUCUGCUAAGGACAGGGCAAACAGCGCAAGGAGCGACACGACACAAAAUCAUCUAGCAAAUAAAAUUUCAAAUUUAAAACCGGAUAAAAGAACAAAACCUAACGAUUCGCAUGCGAAGAAAAAUGCCAAGAAGAAAACGAUGGUUAAGAAAUAUUCUUUGUUUCAAUCCACAAAUCCAGUGCAGUCAGACUCAGAAUAUCAACCAAUCAUGGGAGGUGGGCAAGAUUUUGUAAUGGGAAACGAUCAACAAGGAGACGUUAGAGAUCAAGGAUUCUCCCUGGAGGGACAGCAACAACAGGCAAUGAUAAGUGAGACAAAUCCGUUAUCACAAUAUGAUACGGGACAGGACGGACAGGGACAGGAUGCUGCAGGAUAUCAACAGGAGAACAACCAGCCAUCUACUGCGAACUUUGCGGACAGCAAUUAUAACGAAGAUGCUGGUGAACGGGAUGGAGGACAACUUUCAAGUCUUGGCCAAGCGAUUCAGUUCCAGCAAGCAGGGUAUUCUCAACAACCUCAAGAACAAGAGCAGGACGAGGAGAGCAUGAGCCAAGACAGUCAAGGCGGGGAGCUAGCGGGGCAGGGAAGCCAGUUGAUGGACGCCGGACAACUACAAUAUCAAGGCGAACAGGGUGGUCAAGGACAAGAUCAAGGUGCUCAGGAACAGGGCGAUCAAGAGCAAAACGAUCAAGAUCAAACUGUUAGUCAAAACGGUUUUGAGCAAGCCAGUUUUCAACAACAAGAGCCGCAGGAGGACGAGCAGCAGCAGCAACCGCAAGGCUUCGAACAGCAACAGCAACCGCAAGGCUUUGAACAGCAACAGCAGCUACAAGAUCAAACACAGGAAUUUCAACAACAACAAGAGGGGCCACAGCAAAUACAAAGUGACGAACAACAAGGUCCAGAAGGAAUACCUACGGAGUCACAAGGACUUGCGAGUUCACCGAACUCGUACGAAAGCUUGCUUGGUGCAGACGGCCGACAAACUGGAGAUUCAGGGCAACAAGGACAGGGAACAGUCGGUUACGCGAGCGAACAGUCCCUUGGAGGUAGCAAUAAGAUGGCUCCUCCACCUGGAAUUCAAUAUGCAUCUUCAAUAGAAGAGGCACUCAAGGAACCAUCUGAGCCGACACAACAAUCACAGGAAUUCAAUAGUCAAGAAGGAGACGGCCAAGGAGGUCAGAGUACAAAUGAUGGAGCUACUUCCAUCAAUAUUGGUCCAGGGACAGAAGCAAAAGAGGGAGGCAAUAAUGGUUUAAUGGGAGUAGGAGGUAUAAGUGCCCCAGGUGGGUAUCAAACCUCUACUGUCGAUGACAAUGGCAACCCUAUUAAUCCUGAGGCUGAGAACGGUAUUAAUGGGUAUGCUUCAAUGAACGGCCAAGCCACAAACGGCGAGACGAAUCAGUAUGAAGAAAAUGCACAGCCGCAAAGUUCUCCUUCAGAAAAUCAAAAUGGGCUCGGCGUUCCUCAAGAGCAAUUUCUAGCGCCAGGCGCUGAGCCCAAAGUUCCUCCCCUUGAAGAUGACGUUUACAAGAUUAUCAACAUUGCAAACAAAAAUGGCCCGACGGCAGGUAAGUAUUGUUUAAGUUGUUUUCAUUAAUGUAAAAAAAAAUCAUAUUCUGAGUGAGAGCUUCUUAAAAUAAAGAAACUAAAUAUAUAAGAAGGAAAGGAGAAGGUAGUAAUUCUGUUACUCACUUGUAUUUGUAAACGAAGGAAUGUCACUUUGUUUUCCUCAAUUAGGUAUCAAGGCUGCUAUGUAUUUAUACCCGUUGUUGAGUCUUUAUGUUUACUCGCUCUUUAAAAUUUCCAAGAACAUAAUGUUUUAAAGUAAAUUUUCGCUGUUCGCAAACGCUUGGCUAUGUAAACUAUAUCCAGAAGAAAAGAACUAUUAUUGUAAGUUAAGGGGGACACGGAAUAAUUGUAAGCGCUAUAGUAAACAGUAAUUCUGAUAAAUUAGAAAAAAAACACUAGAAAUAAUACGAGGAAAGGUAAAGAUAAAGGCAAAGGUAAUGUUAACCUAAAGUAAUUCAGUUAUUCAUUUACAAAAAGAGUUUUCUGUACUCCCAAAGCAGCAACAUUCCGCAAACAAAAAACGCACAAAACAAACAACCAUAGUUCAAAGACCAGACCACAUUGCAAAAGUAGAGCAAUCUGCAUUUCAAACUGGAGCAUAGUGACAAGCUAUGCCAUAUAGAAGAAUUAGGAGCACUAUAAAUAGAUUACAGAAAUCUUGCAUUGAGUUUUCUUUUGUGCAUGUACAGUAAAGGGAUGUAAAGGAUGCCCUCCCCAUGCAAGGUGUAUAGACAAGGUCUGCAUUAUCAAUGAUGACCAGCCUUUGGCCCAUAUUCUGUCCGCACUCUCUGGUCCGGCAUCAGGUAUAUGUUUUAAGAGUAAAGAGCCGUUUUAACGGGUCUAUAAGGCUGUCCAAUAUCAUCCAACAUUGCUGGACGGUGUUGGAUCUGUUUGAAUAGACCCAGAAACGUUAACCCAUUCAACUAAUCAAGCAGACCUAAAUAGCAUCUAACACUGUCCAACAAGGUGCUCAAUGGUUAUCCAAUACAAUCCAGCAUUGCUGGAAGGUGUUAGAUCUAUUUGAACAGCCCAGAAGUUUUAGCCCAUUAAAUUGAUUAAACAUAACUGAAUAGCAUCAUCCAACACUGUCCAACAAUGUUCUCAGUAAGUCGAUGAUGACAUGACUACUGUCACUAAAUGAAUGGUUUCAGUUGAACACAAUUUCAUUCAGAUGUAAAAUAUAUUGGAUUUUUUAACCUAAGAUAGCUCUUUUCUCGCGAUGCACAAAGUAUUUUUUAAAUAUGACAAGAUACAGUACCCAGAGAGUUGACGAGUUUCUGUAACCUAUACAGCAUCAUACAUAGGCUAGAGACCGUGUUCUACACUUCAAAUCCGCUCUACCCCCACUCUCUAAAUUAACGCUGCAUUACACUUUUUCCUAACGCUUGUAAAUUAAGCCUUUAACAUUAACAUAAAUUAAGCGGGCUGCAGCUUAUUUUUCAGUCAACAAUUAUACAAAUGUAUGAGAGGUGCGUGAAAGUUGGUUUGCCGAUCAUUACACCGAUCAUUUUUUUUAUCUGGAUUUAAAAAAAAAAUGUGUUAUAAAGUAGUACUUACAGAAAGACUAUCAAUAACCUUAAAAAAAAACAGAAUAAUCCAUCUCACUUUUUUCGCGAUGUUCCAGAUGUAAUAUAUCAACCCCAUCCAUCAGCCUUUUGAUGAAAUAAUGUUACAAAUAUUGCAAUGAACACCAACGUGGAUGGAGGCCAUUUUCUCUUGAAAAAAUAAGUAACGUUUGGUAAUUAUUCCCUUUUAGAACACGUUUCUGUUUCAGAUGAAGAGUCAUCGCCGAAUGCAUGCAAAGACGAAUGCCAUUAUAACGCUAAAUGUAUUAACAGAGAGUGCAUGUGUAAGGCAGGAUACACCGGGGAUGGACUGGAUUGUCGCCGUAAGUACAGUCAAACCUCUCGUAAGAGGACAAUCUUGCGACAAGGAAACGCCGAAGCAGUGGUCCCUUUCGUAAAUGGUCACUGCCAUUUUUGGGACAAAAAACAGAACAACAGAAUGUUUCUAUUUUAAAAAAGGAAAAAAAUCGCACCCCAGGGUCGAACUCUGAUCUUUCGUAUAGUAAUCUUUCUCCCUUACCACUAGUGUAUUACAGUGACACCCAACCGUCAAAAUCCCGAAAAAGGUUACUACAUAACCUAGCAAACUGUCUUUCUUGACAGUUACAUAAAUAUCAGGUGACCCUAGCCCUUUCCGUAACUUUUAAUGUAAAUUCAACUUGGGCUUCAAGGUCGUUCUUUCAAAGACUAUUCAAAAACGUAUUAUUUCUCCUAUUUUAACUAAAUCCGGGGAAUAUAUAUUUAUCAUGACUAAAGGCUCGGUUACCAAUGGUGGAAUCGACCGUUUAAAAUGGCAACGACCGUUCACGAAAGAGAAAUAGGCAGUGCCGAAGCGUUAGAAGAAAUUGUUAAACAGCUGUUAUCUUCAACGGAAAAAUGUAUUGUUUGUGUGUCGCAGAUACCGUGUUCACGUACUGGAGGCAUCCACUUGUGUGCAUCUCAUAAAUCUAGACCGUUUUAGCUGAUGCCACAAAAAAUCCACAAAACGCACAAAAGAAAGAGACUUUGGUAUUUUCUUCCUUCGGAAAGGGGUUAACCCUUGCGCUCUGUUGGAAUGCUUGGUGGCAAAAGAUAGUUUUGGACCUCUAAUUUUGAAAUUGGUUAUAGAUUUCAACCUUUUUGUUACGGAAUACGAUAAGAUUUUGUGCUGUCUGGCGCGUCCGUUACAGGGGGAGUUAAUUUCAGUCAAACGUCCGUAAUUUAUUUUUGCCCGGGAUUUAGGCGCUGUCCGAAUUAUCGGGGUGUCCGUUAUAGCGGGGUGUCCGUAAGGCGAGAGUUGACUGUAACAGUUUUUUCUAUCUGUGUCUUCCACACUCACAGCUGAUACAUGCCUUCCCGGCUGCAAGCAACACGGAAAAUGCAUCAAAGGAUUUUGUGUAUGCGACCAUUCCCAUUACUUCAAUGGCUACGAGUGCGCACGUACGUCAAAUUUCAAUUUAUUUGACGCCUUAAGUCUCGUCUUCCAGGGUUCAUCCAGCAUUGCUGGACGGUGUUGGAUAUGUUUUAAUAGACCCAGAAAGUUUAACUCAUUCAACUGAUCAAACUAAACUGGAUUGCAUGGAAUACUGUCCAUUAAGGUGCUCAAUGGUUGUCCAAUAUCAUCCAGCAUUGCUGAAGGGUGUUGGAUCUGUUAGAAUAGACCCAGAAGAUUUAACCCAUUUAACUGAUCUAACAUGAUUAAAUUAUAGCAUCCAACACUGUCCAACAAGGUUUUCAAUGAGUCGAUGAUGAGAUAACUACUGUCACUAAAUGAAUGAUUUGAGUUGAACAAGAUUUUAUUCAGGUCAAUUUUUAACCUAAGAGAGCUUCUUUCUCGAGUUGCACAAAAGGUACCAGUUCAUUUCAGGGAUCACGCUAUGAUACACAUCACGUGAGAUAAAAAUAGGGUGACAAGCUAGAUACAGCGUUGUUUCUCUUUCAAAUGUAUUUGUUCCAAGAUGUGACUUAAAAGUAAAAAGAUCCACCCACAAAGCAAACGUUUUAACCUUCUGAUAUUCUUCGUCACAUUUUUUUACAGUUUCAAACAAGUACAUGUAUGACUCAUUUACGCUUUGAACGAGCAAAAAUUUUGAUUUCUUAUAAGCAUAAAAUAAUGUUUCCUUUAUCAUUCUGUUAAAUGUUUAAUUUUUGUUCCUUCGUUUGUUCGUUUGUUUUCUCUCGUGCUAUUUUACCCCCUUUAAGUAUGUGUCGUUGAAUGAAAACGUAAACAGUUUUAACUGAGGUUUGCAUUUUCUUUUUCUCCAUUUCAGCAUACACGAUAACACACAAGAACUGCCCCCUUCAGUGCUCAGCAACAUGCCAUGCAGGAUGUCCACCAAAUUGUUGCAAACAUCAUCCAGCUAUGAAGCUUCAUAAUAAUGAUGGUAAUCCCCAGCAAAUGACACCACCACCUAAUGGCCUUUCUUCAAAACCAAAAGUCAGCCCCCGUCCAACGGAAGUUGUUCUCAAACCUAUUGUUAAAGUAGGCGAAGCUCUAACAAACUUUGCAUCAGACUUUCAACACCGUCCAGGCGAGUCCGACGCUGCUGGCCUCGAAGCCGUUACCGUGAAUGAUCCAACAGGGGGAUUUGCAGUUUCAGACACAGACGCAAAACCUCUUCUAGGAGAGGAAGGCUGCCCUGGACAGUGUAAAUCUGAGUGCCGGGACACUUGCCCUGUAAGAUGCUGCUUGGGAAAGUGUCCUUUCAGCUGUGCGGAAAAAUGUGAGCCAUCAUGUCCAAAACCCUGUUGCUAUGUUGAUGGAACAAAAAAUCAAUUCCCAAUGAUGGAUCCCAGGAUACAAGAAACCUUUAUGAAAACAAUGGCAGAGAGAUUUUGCCCUCGCGCUUGCAGAUCCAAAUGUGAUGCAAAAUGUCCGCCAAUUUGCUGUGAACGAAACUCUUCUUCGGCUACCUUAACAGAUGCAAACUUCCAGCACCUUAAAAGCGAGAGCAAAAAUGGUGCCGAUUUCUUCCGAAACGCAAUGAGCUGGUUUGGAAUGAUGAACUUUUUAAAUAUGAUGUACAGUAUGUAUGGUAAUCUCUAUAAUCCGAAACAUAAGCAUUCCCCUUGGAAAUCAGAUGACCAUAAAUUGAAGACAGCCCAUCCUACAAAGUCCAAGAAAGUAGUUCAACAGAACCGUAUUACGUUUAAGGACGUCGGCGUUGCUGAAAAACUAAAUGAUAAAACUCCUCAGUGUCCGGGAUACUGCGACAAGACAUGUUUGCCUCCCUGUCCACCAAACUGUUGUCAUAAUAAAGUUAAUGAAACGAAGUCAUCUCAGGUCACUCCAACGUCAAAAUGCCCUCCUUCAUGUUCUUGGUUCUGCUCAAACAGCUGUCCAGUGUAUUGUUGCUCGAAGGAUAAGAAGCCAUUGGUACUGGAACAUAAUGCAACAGAACCAGUUAAGGCAGCAAAUCGAGCCUCGGCGGCUCCACCUCAAGCUUCCCCUCCUAAACCACCUUCAGCUUGCACAGCUAGUUGUCCAGCCUACUGCUACCCACACUGCUUAGAAAACUGCUGCCUUAGGGGUGAAAUGCCAACCAUUAAACCAGCAGCAGCCCAUGUUCAAGCCAAACAGUCAUACGAUAACUUCUUCUCGAAGAAGCCUACGCCCUCGUCAAACCAAGCUUGUCCAUCAAUUUGUGAAAACAGCUGCGCACCUUCAUGUCCAGUGAGAUGUUGUGCUGGCAUUUUAUCGUCGCUACCACCGUCAGCAAAGUCUCCAGCUAAAAUUAAGGCACCCCUUUGUCCAGGUGGUUGCCUUUCUGAAUGUUUUCCCGCUUGCACUAUAAGUUGCUGCACAACGGCCCCCAAGAAACUUAAUUCUGACAUGCGCGGCCCAACGGAAAAUCCCACAAGACGACACGAUCAGCCUCAUCCAAAAGCUCUAUCAUUCCCUUUACCACCACCAAUUGCACUUUGUCAUCCAGGCUGCCCACGUUCGUGUUAUCCCAACUGCGACGAAACCUGCUGUAAGGCCUCAUCUGACCACGCAUCUAGCCUGGAAAGACCAGGUCAAGCGGGUGACUCUACGCAGUUUACGAUUAAAGUGCCUUGUCCUAUGGAAUGUAGGCCGUUUAACUGCCUCUACUACUGUCACCACGAUUGCUGCUUAAGAGGGAAGCAACCAAUGGACCAAAAACGAAAUCGUUAUCAAGCGCUUAGGUUAGAGCAAAAAAUGAAAUACAUUAACGGCAUGAGAAAGAAAAAGACAUUGGACUCCAGAUUUAAAAAUAUGCAUGUUCCGUUAGAUAAAAGAUCUGGAGUUGGAAGUGGAACAAGAGGUUAA